CAUAGCCAUCUCUCGAGCUGCUCUGGUAGACACAUUCUUGAGGGAAGGGGUAGGAGGAACCUGAACCACGAAGAGAGUGAGAGAGCCAGAGAGAGGGAGAGAGAGGGAGAGAGAGGUGAGCGGUGCUCACACAUCAAAUGAGUUGGUACCAAACAUCUCUCUGGGAUUCCGCACAUAGAAGGCAAGUUUUCAUCGGUCCCCAAAACAACCCGGACGCAGGCCGUCAUGGCUAGGGAAUCAGGAGGAUACCUUUGCAAGUGCGUGUUCUGUUUCGGGGGACUCCAACUGGACAAGUCGGUGCAUUUUCAGUUUUCUAUAGUCCUGCUCUCCCUCUGUAAUGCUUUACCCAUGGGUUUGAAGAGGGCUGAGCUGAACCUAGUGGUUGUUUGAGCGGCCGCGGAAUAAAAGAAGUGGGGACAGAACAGAAGAUUGUCCUCCGGACCCCAGCAGCAUGCUGUCCGAUAGACCCACGGGAGGCAGCGAGCUCGGAAGCGAUUCGCACAAACAACACCGAAUGGCGCUGGAUCAUAGCGCACGGUUAUAUUCUAGGAUUGCGUGAAGGACAAAGAAAAUAGUUAAACAUGGUAAAGGCGCAUACAAUGAAUACGGAUAAAGCCUCAUACAAGGUCUCUAGAUCCCAAUGUCACCCCCCCUGGACGCUGCUCCGGGCGAGGACCAGCAGGGUGUGACCGUGACAGUGGGUGGCGAGGAGAGGAUAGCAGGUGUCCAUCGAUGCGGUGGUUCAGCAGUAAAUUGGCCCAGGCUGGCCCCUAUGCUGUGAGCAGAGAGUGAGGAGCCCUGCUCCAGUCUGAUAUCUAAGCAUGGAUGGAGUCAGCUUCUGUCAGUGGACCUGCUCUCCCUAAUGAAACACUCCUUUCCUGAUAAAACUGAGGACUAAUACAUUUUAGGGGGAUUCAUCCUAACCAUACAGCUUCCUGUCCUACUACCCCGUAAAGAAAUGAACAGUGUAUGAUUAAACUCUUUUAGAGGACUUUUGUUUUUGUCUAUGCUUUGGGUGGAUUUACUUCAACUCCUUCAAUCCUAUUUCUUGUUUAUUUGGUUUUCGUGUUGCUCUUUUUUUGAUUUCUCCAACCCAAGGUUGUUCUCCUUUUCCACUAUGGAGUUUCAGGCUGCACUGUGGAAUAAAGAUUGGGGCUCAUUCCUGCGUUUCUGGUUGACGGUCUUCCUGAGCCUGAACGUGCACUUCAGUCGUCCUGCUGCCUCAUGCCCAGAGGAGUGCCGCUGUGACAAAACGUUUGUUUACUGCAACGAACGUAGCCUGACGUCUGUGCCAAUGGGACUGAUGGAGGGUUACAAGAUCCUUUACCUCCACAACAACCAGAUCAACAACGCUGGGUUCCCUUGGGAACUACACAACGUGGCCUCAGUGGAAACGGUGUUUCUGUAUGGCAACCAGCUGGAUGAGUUUCCCCUCAACCUGCCCAAGAACAUCCGGGUGCUCCACCUACAGGAGAACAACAUCCAAACCAUCUCGAGGGCUGCCUUGGCCCAAUUGACCCGCCUAGAGGAGCUCCACCUGGACGAUAACUCCAUCUCUACGGUGGGGGUGGAGGAGGGGGCCUUCCGGGAAGCAGUCAGUCUUAAGCUGCUCUUCCUCACCAAGAACCACCUCAGCAGUGUCCCCAUUGGUCUCCCCGAAGACCUCAAAGAGCUGCGAUUGGAUGAGAACCGCAUUGCUGUAAUCGCAGAGGAAGCGUUCCAGAACGUAACGAGACUUCAGCGCCUUUUACUAGACGGGAACUUGCUGACAGACGAGGGUGUGGCCCCGGGGACAUUCCAGGAGCUGACCACCCUCCGGGAGCUGUCAAUGUCCCGUAACUCCCUGACGUUCCCACCGCCCCUCCUCCCGACCCAAUCUCUGGUCAAGCUCAACCUACAGGAAAAUCAGAUGGUCCAGAUCCCUGUCACAGCGUUCUCCAACCUCCAGAGGCUGGAGAAACUUGACAUUUCCCAUAACCAACUGCAAACACUAACACAGGGAGUCUUCGAUGGCCUUGUCAGCCUCACGCAGCUCACUGUUCGGAACAACCCGUGGCGCUGCGAUUGCACCGUCAAAUGGGUGGUGGUGUGGCUCAAGUCGCUGCCAAGCUCCAUAAACGUCCGGGGGUUCAUGUGCCAGAGUCCAGAGAAGGUGCGCGGCAUGGCAAUCAGAGAACUCACCUUGGAUGCCAUCCAGUGCCCAGAUGGGAUAGACCCACAGCCUGACCUCUGGCCUACCCUGCACUCCACGACGCCCCGCCCACAAACCCCCACCUCCACUACCUUCACUACCACCUCCGGGACCAUCCCCGCCCCCACCUCCACAACCUCACCCUACCCUGCGCUGCCCUCCCCUCCCCACGUGCUGCCCCCCCACCCCGCUGGCCCCUUGCCCCCUUACGAGGAUCCCCUUCGUAUAUCAUUCCACGUGGUCAACACCUCAUGCAUCGAGGUGAGCUGGGCUUCUUACUUCACCGUUACGGCCUACAAGGUGACGUGGGUCAAGAUGGGCCAGAGCCUGAUGAGCGACGUCAGCCGCGAGAGGACCGUGAGUGGGGACAGGCGGAAGCUGAUUCUCACCAACCUGGAGCCCAGGUCAGUUUAUCGGAUCUGUGUGUACGUACUGGACACCCUCAACUCAUACCGUCCAGGUGAGGAUACAAUAUGCUCGGAGGCCAGGACCAAGUCGGCCUCGUCCAACUCCAAUAACAACAAGGCCACAGGGUCGGAGCAAGCCCAGUCGGACACCAACUCCACCCUCCUUUUGGCUGGGGUCAUUGGCGGGGCCGUCCUUGUUGUCCUCGUAACAUUGCUGAGCCUGUUUUGUUGGCACACGCACAAGAAGAGCCGCUCGGAGUCAUCCAAGUGGAAAUACAACCGGGGCAGGAGAAAAGAUGACUACUGUGAGGCUGGGACCAAAAAGGAUAACUCUAUACUGGAAAUGACUGAGACCAGCUUUCAGAUAGUGUCGCUGAACAAUGAGCAACUUUUGAAAGGGGAUUUCAGGAUUCAGCCCAUCUACACUCCUAAUGGGGGCAUCGGCUUCAGAGACUGCCACCUCAGUAACAAUAGCUUAGCCUACUGCAAAAGCAGCAACGUUCCCAGCACCGAGUUCUGCCACACGUGAUGCUUCUUUCAGGAUGCUCGCACAUCGGUUGUUUGAGAAAAAAAAAGUAGUUAAAUAUAAUGUAACAUAUACUGUAUAUAUAUAUAUAUAUUUCCAAUUUCUGUCUACCAUGUAAUUUAUACUGUGGACAAUAAUGUGGAGUUCUAUCUGCUAUCUUUUUUAUUCUUAGUAAAAAAGGAAUACAAAUAGUUUUAUAAUUAGUGGGUUUCAAAUACAGUAAGUGGUUUUUGCUCAAGUACUGUCCGUACAUAGGAAUUUGUACAAUCGUGGCACGCUGGUUGGUUAUGAGGAACGCUGUCCUGUCUGUCAGGCUUUUGGGUUGUUGGGUGAUUUGAGGGCUGAGAUUCUUAGCUAACCACAGAAGAAAAAAGAUGGCCUUUGUGUAGAGCCACCCCCUCACAAAAAUGCUAGUUAAGAUAACAGUGUUUGGGGAAACACUAACACUGCUGAUUAGACUGCAGUGGAAAAUAGGCACUGGUGUUUAUUUUUUAUUUUUUUAAAUAAUCAAAGUGCACUUUCUUAAUGCAACAGAGAGCUUAAGCAGACAUUCAGGAAAAUAGCUUUUUUGUGGAGGGUCCCAUCAGAGAGGAAAAGGCACACCUCAACACCCCCUAUUGCCCUCACAAGACUAAGUGCACACAUUUGAAUGUGGUAGGGACGGACGGGGAUACUGCCGACACGGUUGGAUAUACUGUAGAUUUGCCCGCAUUGACACAGGAUGUUGUUCCAGUUGUGGCCACAAGAGGGCAUGUUAUCUUACUCAGUAUAGAGAACAUGUAAGGUCCUAUACCUCCAGUGUCCAGCCAAUUAGACAAUGUUGGCAGAGUUAGUAAUUAAAUAAUUUGAAACUAAUAGUGCUCAGCUGUUAUUUAGCUGCAUUUCUUUUUUUUUUACCACAGUGUGUUACUGUCAUCGGGGACACCCAUGAGGUGUUGUGUGUCUUGUCCUUGCAGGGUGGUGUCCUCACUGACAAUGAAUGUGUAGAAGAUACACUCGGUCACUCCUCUAACUUUCUUUCGUUCUUUAUCAUUUAGUAUUGAAAUGACAAAUGAGUGAAUCACAAUAAACGAUCAAGACGUUUGUUCUCUUAUCUCCUUUCACUGUGUUGAUAGAAGGGCUUUUAUACUGUAGCAUGUGCUGCACUCCCAUUGUCUGCACAGGACUGAGGAUUAUAUUGAUUGAUUGGUUGAAAUGACGCAUUUAUCAUCAAGCCGAAACAAUUAUUUGCUAAUUCUGGAGUCUGCAAAACAGUUCAUGUAGUUAGGUGCCCCGAUGCAUGAACCAUGAGCUUGUCCUCAUUUGAUCUCUGUCUCAUUCUAAAGCUUUUCAGAUCACUGCAUGGGCUCAAUUAAAACUAGUUCUGAUGCUGAACAGUGUGAUGGGGGGAUAGUUGGCUCCCUGUUACGAAAAGGCCUGGUGCCACUGAGAAGUCUUUAUUAUGCACUUCUUACUCAGACUUUAUUUGCUUUGACAAGAUUUUAUUUUGCAGGCCGACUUCAAAGAAUUCCCUGCUUGCCUCCCCCACUCCUAAUCCUCCCCCCAAAAAAGGGAGAAAAAUAUGCAGACGUUAUUUUCACUUGGCAGUUUAAAUGACAAGCUUAGAGAGAGAGAAAGACAGAGAGAGAGACAGAGAGAGAGAAAGAGAGAGAGAGAGAAAGAGAGAGAGAAGGCCAAAUUACAGGAGUGAACCCCUUACCGGGCACCUGUCAGGCAGGCUAAAAUUCUCGAUGAAACCCCUGCAUAUGUGCCUAGUUCUAGAAUAAAAAGCAUUCCUGAAGGAGAAUCUAACAGAGUAAACAGUUAAUACCAUUUCAUGUGUCUCUUGUUUUGUGCUGGGCGGUUCGUGGCUAGAAUCUCUGCUGUUUUGUCUCUUUGAAGAAUUGCCAUGAAUUGCAUGUUAACUCAUUUAGUAGUUACCAAAAAUAGUAAGUGGGGAGCUUAGGGUGCUGUAGAUACUAUGAUGCCAUCUUAAUGUUGAUGCUUAAGCUUUCAAAAUGCUUUCAUAGUGUUUUGAGUGAAAUGUCCACCUACGAAACAGUAAGACAUUAUUUUUGUUGAAAACAAUGACAGCAGCUUAUCUGUGGUUAUCGAGUGUCUAAAUCUUUCUACCAAUGUGCACGUAAGAGUGUAACACAUUGUAUUACGAGCUACGUCCAAUUUCACGUAAGAUCAGUUUAAAACGGUAACUUUGCAAUACAUGUCCAAUAAAACCCUCCAGUGGAAGGCCACCUAUGGUCAGUUUGACACUGCUACAAGGCCCUAGGGCUUUCACAGGUUAUGUAUCCACUUCACUCUACCGGUCUGUUACACAGCAAGCCUAUCCGAUAUUAAUUCGAAACAGCAACAUAUCUUUCAUUUCUUUAACAGUGAUAAGUAUUUCAAUGUAAUGUUAGCCAGUCAGGCCAACCUGUUGCAACACCCUUUCACAAAUGAAAGAAUGUUUAGGAGCGAUAGAGGUCCAUUUAUUGCCUUAACUUCAUGCAGUAUUGUACAGACCAGCUGCACUUAGUUCAAGGAGUUUUUCCAUGAAGAAGCAAGGUCUAAACUGAGAGAAUACAGAGACGAUGACAGUAAUUGAGUAGUUACAGAAUGGAAAGCACACGUUUUCAUAUUGCUUCAACAACGAGUGAGUGACAACACAGAGGCAACAUAACUAAUGAAAGACUGUUCAUUCGUAACAACGCCAUGAGUGGUGCUGGAUAAUGAUACAUGGUGAAUGAGAAGCCUUGUUGGUUAUUUGCAGAAGUACAUUACUCUUAAUUUCCUACUUCAUGUGAAGAAAGUACACAGAUGCAAUGGCGUGACCAAUGGAAUUAGACGGAAUGCAACAGAGAGAAAGGGAAAAAGACUGAAACCUCUGCUUUAUUAUUGUUUCAGGCUUUGAUAGUCAUUUCCUUAAUUCUCAUUGGAAUAAUUAUGGUAAAUCACUGAGGUCAAUUCAAACAAAGCACCCGAGUGGAUAAAAUGUAAUAGAUUUUAAUUCAUCUUUGUUUCGUCUCCUUAAUUUUCAAUUUGAGGGCAAAUUCCUCUUGUGAAUUACUGUCUGCCAUUAUCCAUUAUAGACCAACAAUAAUUCAAGGAUUUUUGCAUCUAUUCACCGAAGUCUUCAGCAAACAAUUGAUGGGUUUUUUAAGUCAUUUCAUUUUCUGUGUUUUGGAUAAUUAACCCUUUUCCAUACAGCUGCUAGGUUGAUUUCAUUGAAAUUAUAUGAAAAAUGAUAGGCGUAUGAAUUGAUCAAAGACAGCAUGCUCUCAAAAUCAACAUGUUAAUGCUUGUCAUUUGAGGGGUUCCUAGCUAUUAUGGCUUUUAAUUUAGACCUUGUGUUGUUGACCUUAACAACAUAAACCAAUAUCCUACUGUUUUAGGAACCAAAGUUACACUUCUGUUCUCAUUAUGAAAUAUAGUUGUUGUCCCAUGUAUGUGCCUUGAGGUUAACUUACAAUGUAAAGUCCUUGAAACCUUUUAAAUGUUUUUGCACAAAAUGUAAAUAUAGAAGUGAAGCUUUUUGCAAAUAAAAGAGCCAUGGGAU